UCUCUCUCACUAAGCACCCAACCAAAAAGGUAAAGGGCGAAUCCAUCCCUCAACCUUUUUCUCUUAGUAUAAAGACGAAAUGGAAAUUUACAGCGCCUCAGCCUCUGUUCUUCCACUUCACCUACCUCUUGGAUCCCAUUUUCCAAUUCACCCAAAUGCACCGCCUGAUUCGCAAACUCCGGCCUCGCCUCCUCUCGUGGCUCCGCCGAUCUCGGUCGGGCCAAAUAUUAUUUAUGAAGCGUUUUCCUUACAAGGAUAUAAAGAGAGCAACGGAUGGUUUUGAGACGAUCAUGUAUACCAAUUCUCAUAUAGCUGCUUAUAAGGCCAGAUUUCAUGAUGGUGGAGUUGUAUUGAUAAAAGAAAUUAGAGACUAUGAUCAAGGAAAAGAUGUCUUCUACAGAGAAGUGCAACUCUUGGGGUGCUUGCAUCAUCGUCACCUUCUUGCUCUCAGGGGAUUCUCUACUGGACAUAGACGGUUCCUAGUGUUUGACAACAUAGAAAGGGGGAGCUUGAAGGAGCAUCUUAAUGAUCCCAUUAGAACUCCCUUGAAUUGGAGGACACGGCUACAAAUAGCCAUUGGUGUCGUGGCUGCAUUGGAGUACUUGCUUCUCUUCAAUGAACCUCCAAUGUAUCACGUCUCCAUUAACUCAAGUAGCAUCAUGCUAGAUGAAAACUUUAAUGCAAAGCUUUCAGACGUCGGGCUUCAAAGUUCUGGUGAAAGUUAUGUCACAGUACCACAUACCUCGUGCCCGAAAGAUUGCAUGGGUCAGGAAUGCGGUAACAUAAUGUUCCAGCUUGGGGUGCUGAUCCUGGAGCUCAUCACCGGUCAAUCAUCAGAAAACGGGGGAGCAGAUCUAGUUCAAUGGAUCCGAGAGUCUCGCUUCUGCAGUUCUAUUCACAAAAUGCUAGAUCCUGAUCUAGGCAGCAGUUACGAUUCUAGGGAGCUCAAAAGUCUUCUAGCUGUGGCAAAGUUAUGUGUUAGAUGUGGGGAUAAGCCAAAGGCUUCUAUGCAGCAAAUUCUUCGGUAUCUCCGUAAAAAGAUCGAAAUUCCACGAGACUAGUUUUUGUACUGAAUUUAUUAUCAUUUCAUACGAAAAUUUUCAUAUUUUAUGAAACCAAUAUUUGAUUGUUUCGUGGAGAGUUCGUACUCUCCAGGUUUGAUA